ACACUGCGCACGGCCUUGCUGAGGGCCGGCUCGUAGUGGGAGGCUUGGCGUUCACCUGAACAUUUCCGCCUCCUCUGGAUGGGGGAUGAGAGGCGGGGCUGAUGCAUAGCAGCAGUCCUGGACCCUGACUUCGGACUUGGAGAAGAAGCGCCGAGGAGGAACGGGAGUUAGGGGGCUAGCACCUUGGCGCGCUGGGAGCCGGCCACCCCUGGCCUCCGGACUUCACUUCCCAGGAGGCCUCGCGCACGACUGGAAGUGCUGCGAGCCUAUAAGAAGGCGAGGCGGCGCCCCGCCGCUCUGCUCUGGGGCAGCAUUGCUAGCCUGCUGUAGGCAUUCGGGGCAGUAUCUUCUGCAUCUCCUAGGAACCUCGGGAGCGGCAGCUCUGGCGCCUGGUAGCGAGAGGCGGGUUCCGGAGAUCCCGGCCUCACUUCGUCCCACUGUGGUUAGGGGAGUGCGUGAUCAGAAUGGCGUCGGGAUGGUUCUACCUGUCCUGCCUGCUGCUGGGGUCCCUGGGCUCCAUGUGCAUCCUCUUUACUAUCUACUGGAUGCAGUACUGGCGUGGUGGCUUUGCCUGGAAUGGCAGCAUCUACAUGUUCAACUGGCACCCAGUGCUUAUGGUUGCUGGCAUGGUGGUAUUCUACGGAGGUGCAUCGCUGGUGUACCGCCUGCCCCAGUCGUGGGUGGGGCCCAAACUGCCCUGGAAACUCCUCCAUGCAGCACUGCACCUGAUGGCCUUCGUCCUCACUGUUGUGGGGCUGGUUGCUGUCUUUACGUUUCAUAACCAUGGAAGGAUUGCCAACCUCUACUCCCUGCACAGCUGGCUGGGCAUCACCACUGUCUUCCUCUUCGCCUGCCAGUGGUUCCUGGGCUUUGCUGUCUUCCUCCUGCCCUGGGCGUCCAUGUGGCUGCGCAGCCUCCUAAAACCUAUCCACGUCUUUUUUGGAGCCGCCAUCCUCUCCCUGUCCAUCACAUCCGUCAUUUCCGGCAUUAAUGAGAAGCUUUUCUUCAGUUUGAAAAACACCACCAGGCCAUACCACAGCCUGCCCAGUGAGGCGGUCUUUGCCAACAGCACCGGGAUGCUGGUGGUGGCCUUUGGGCUGCUGGUGCUCUACAUCCUUCUGGCUUCAUCUUGGAAGCGCCCAGAGCCGGGGAUCCUGACCGACAGACAGCCCUUGCUGCAUGAUGGGGAGUGAAGCAGCAGGAAGGGGCUCCCAGGAGCUCCUGGUGGUGCAGCCUGUGCUCCCCUCAGAAGCUCUGCUCUUCCCAGGGUUCCCGGCUGGUUUCAGCAGGCGACUUUCUUCAAAUGCUGGGCCCAGACUUCUUGCCUGGGUGCUGGCCUGCCCUCUCCGGCUGCUUGCUGCCUGUCUGCUUUUCUUGGUGGCUUUGCCUGGGUCCUGGCCUGGCUUCUCUGGCUGCUUGCUGCCUGUCUGCUUUUCUUGGUGGCUUUGUCUGGGUCCUGGCCUGCCUUCUCCGGCUGCUUGCUGCCUGUCUGCUUUCCUUGGUGGCUUUGGCUUCUGUACUCCUUGGCAUCAGCCUCUCAGGUCCUCCAUUCACACGAGGUCCUCCUUGCUUUGGCCGCUCUUGCUGCUCCUGUCUGAAGAAAUCAGACUGAUUUCCUCUUAAGACUCCUAGGAAGGCUGGGCACGGUGGUUCACGCUUGUAAUCCCAGCACUUUGGGAGGCCGAGGUGGGCGGAUCCCGAGGU